AUGCAUGUUGCAGGCGUGCGUAACGACGACUAUCACAGCGAUGGCAUACCCAUGCACGUACUAGGAGUAGACAGUAAGACGUUUAUGAAAAGCUCAAACAUAUAUGUAAAUAGUAGCAACGAGCCUGGAAAGAGUAUUUAUGCUACCUCUUCGCCGCUGGAAUCACGGUCGAAUUUAACUGAGUGUCUUUCAGGGUUUGUGCGGAAGGAUGCGAAUAUCAGUCAAUCCUCACUUACAAAUAUUAGUCAAUCCUCACUUACAAAUAAUAACACUUUGUUCGGUAUGGAUCGGGGGUCAGAGUUCAACAACGUGAAUAAUAA